CUAAAACAUAAUACAGUGCAAACAAACCAAACCAACCACCCACAGAUAACAGUACAUACAAGCAAGCGUCGUCAGGCAGGCCGGGUCAAUAUCAAUAGGGCAGGUAGGUACAGGGGGAGCAAGCGGAGAUGGGUCGGGGUCACAGGCCAGGUUCAGCAGGUAGCAAGCAGCGUGGUACAGAGGGUCAGGCAGAGGGAUGGUCAGGAGCGAGCCGGGAUCAGAGCAGGAGAAGUCAGCAGUGGUUCAGAUCAGGCAGGGUCAGCAAAGGAACAGAAACAGGAUGCAGGACAGAUACAGGGCCCAGGACAAACACAACACCAAGGCAGAGUCUGCAAGUCUGGCCAU